CUCAACUAGCAACAGUAAGGCCAUGUUUCUGGAUACAUCAGCGACCUGAGGCUCCUUUCAACCUUCCACAAUGGAGCGCCCUUUCAGCCCUAAACGGCGGAAAGUUGAUGGAGGCUUCCGAUCUGCUUAUCCCGACUCGACCGAAGACUUGGGUCCUUCUCUGAAGGCCCAGCCCUCCUUCAAGCCGCGCUUUCAACGGCCAAACGACCGGAGCCAGAGUCGCGCACCUCGUUCGAAGCCACAUCAACACGAGUUUGACGGGCCCGAGCCAUUCUUCAAGGAUGAAGACACUACAGCUAUGGACCGAGACUGGUACGCUGGGGAUGAGUUUGGGCAUACAUUUGGCGACGAAAGUCACAAUCCCUUCGGCGGCGCAGAUGCGACAUGGGCAGAUCAGCAACGAGAGCAAGCUCUUGCCGACAAGAAGCUUGGAAAGCGCAUGACUGCAAAAGCAGCACAGAAACAGAAAGAAGUGGACGCUUGGGAAGCAAACCGGAUGGUCACCUCAGGCGUGGCGCAGCGACGUGAUCAAGCCCCAGAUUUCGACGAUGAGGAGUCUGUCCGGGUACAUCUUCUAGUGCAUGACCUCAAGCCUCCCUUCCUGGACGGCAAGACCAUCUUUACAAAACAGCUGGAGCCAGUUCCUGCAGUCCGAGACGCGCAGAGCGACAUGGCAGUCUUCUCUCGAAAAGGAAGCAAAGUCGUACGGGAGAGGAGACAGCAAAAGGAGCGACAGAAGCAAGCACAAGAGGCCACAAACGUGGCCGGUACUGCGUUGGGAAAUAUCAUGGGCGUCAAGGAGGAUGAGGGUGAUAGUGCUGCAGCAGCACCCGGCGAAGAUACUGGCAAGAGCAAAUUCGCAACCCAUCUCAAGAAAAAUACCGGCGGUUCAGCCUUCAGCAGAAGCAAGACCCUGAAGGAGCAGAGGGAGUACCUGCCCGCCUUUGCAGUCAGGGAGGAGCUCAUGCGCGUGAUCCGGGACAAUCAAGUUGUCAUUGUGGUCGGUCAGACCGGGUCAGGCAAGACUACACAGCUUACACAAUUCUUGUUUGAGGAGGGAUAUGCUCAACGCGGACUGAUUGGCUGUACGCAACCUCGAAGAGUCGCUGCAAUGAGUGUGGCCAAGCGAGUCAGCGAGGAGAUGGAAGUCGAGCUGGGCGGUGUAGUUGGAUACGCCAUACGUUUUGAGGAUUGCACCAGCGACGAAACAGCCAUUAAAUACAUGACAGAUGGUGUGUUACUUAGAGAAUCUUUGACACAACAAGAUCUAGACAAAUACUCAUGCAUUAUCAUGGACGAAGCUCAUGAACGUGCUCUCAACACUGAUGUGCUGAUGGGUUUGAUCAAGAAGGUUCUUGCUCGCCGCAGAGAUCUUAAGUUGAUUGUCACCUCUGCCACCAUGAACUCGGAACGCUUUUCUCGCUUCUAUGGAGGUGCUCCCGAGUUCAUCAUUCCUGGUCGGACAUUCCCAGUAGACAUACAAUUCUCGCGCUCUCCCUGCGAAGACUAUGUCGACAGUGCUGUCAAGCAAGUCCUUGCUAUUCAUGUUUCCCAGGGAGCUGGGGAUAUUCUUGUAUUCAUGACGGGACAAGAGGAUAUCGAAGUCACUUGCGAACUUAUCGAAGAAAGACUCAGCCUGCUGGUCAAUCCGCCGAAAUUACUGGUGCUGCCAAUAUACUCUCAGAUGCCAGCAGACCUCCAGGCGAAGAUUUUCGACCCUGCGCCUCCUGGCGUGCGCAAAGUUAUCGUUGCGACCAACAUUGCCGAAACGUCGCUUACCGUUGAUGGAAUCAUGUACGUUGUCGACGCAGGAUACUCCAAACUAAAGGUCUACAAUCCGCGUAUGGGUAUGGACACCCUGCAGAUCACACCCAUCUCUCAAGCAAACGCAUCUCAACGAGCAGGCCGAGCAGGGCGUACCGGACCCGGCAAGGCUUUCCACCUCUACACCGAAUUGGCUUUCAAAAAUGAAUUCUAUAUACAGACAAUCCCAGAAAUACAGCGGACCAACCUGGCCAAUACUGUCUUGCUGCUCAAGUCGCUCGGCGUGAAAGACUUGCUGGAUUUCGAUUUUAUGGACCCCCCUCCACAAGAUACCAUCACAACCUCAUUGUUCGAUCUUUGGGCAUUGGGCGCGCUUGACCAUGUCGGCGAUCUCACCACUAUAGGUCGCGUGAUGACUGCCUUCCCAAUGGAUCCGUCACUUGCUAAGAUGCUGAUCACGUCUUCAACCGACUACGAAUGCAGCGAAGAAAUGCUCACAAUCGUGAGCAUGCUCUCUGUUCCUUCAGUGUUUUACAGGCCGAAGGAGAGGCAGGAAGAGUCGGACGCCGCAAGGGAAAAGUUCUUUGUACACGAGUCGGACCACCUGACAUUACUGCAUGUCUAUACUCAGUGGAAGAGCAACGGGUACAGUGAUGCCUGGUGCAUACGACACUUCUUGCAUCCCAAAGCACUGCGGCGUGCAAAGGAGAUUCGAGAACAGUUGCAUGAUAUCAUGGUCGGGCAGCAGAAAAUGCAGCUCGUCUCCUGCGGGACUGAUUGGGACGUGAUUCGAAAGUGUAUCUGCUCGGGUUACUACCACCAAGCGGCUCGUCGUCGUGGAGUAGGUGAAUACAUCAACCUGCGAACCAGCGUUACGGUUCAGCUGCAUCCAACUUCGGCUUUGUACGGGCUUGGCGAUCCGCCUGAUUAUGUGGUCUAUCACGAGCUCAUCUUGACCAGCAAGGAGUACAUGAGUUGCGUCACCGCUGUGGACCCACACUGGCUGGCCGAUCUUGGUGGUGUUUUCUACAGCUUGAAGUCGAAGGAGUACAGCGCGAAAGACAAGCGAAUCAUCGAGAGUGAAUUCAAUCGCAAGAUGGAGAUUGAGAGGCAGAUGAUGGAAGAUCGCGCGAAAGAGGAGAAGAGGCGUCUGGAAGAAGAAGAAAAAGAAAGGCUUCUCGCUGGAAGAGCCAGAAGUGGAGGAGUGGUGGUCAAGAAGAUGGGAAGUCAAGGAGUGGUUAAGAAGCCUGUCGUUCCUAGGAGGAGGAUGGGGUUCUAGAUAGUGUAAUAGGAGCUCCGCGAUGGUGAAACGCAUUUUGUGAAGGAAAAUACCUAUCGUCG